GCACCUUUUACAGAAGAGUUUGUGUUCAGAGCUUGUAUGUUGCCACUGCUUGUACCGUGUUUGGGAUUCACCAAAGUUAUAUUUGUAUGUCCUUUAUUUUUUGGAGUAGCUCAUGUUCACCAUGUUAUAGAGCGUCUACGUUUUCACCAAGAGAGUGCCAAAGAAGUAUGGAUACAGACAGUUUUCCAGUUUACAUACACAACUAUCUUUGGUGCAUUUUCUGCAUUUUUAUUUUUAAGAACUGGUCAUUUAACUGCUCCAGUGAUAUGUCACAGUUUCUGCAAUGUGAUGGGGUUUCCAGCAUUCAGUAUGAUAACUUCAUAUAGUCAACCAAAAUCUGUCAUAAUUUGCCUGGCUUUUAUUUUGGGUCUGAUAUGUUUUAUGUUUUUGUUAUUUCCAUUAACAGAACCAUCCUUGUUCUGUAAUGAUGUUUACAUUGAAUUUUUCUAGGAAAUAAUACGAAUCCUUUAUAGUUUUGUUUUUAUGUUUCUACGUAUGAAACCAUAGUAGUUUUAUUUUAAUAUUGGAUAGCACUGAAUAGUAAUAACUAAUAAUAAUUGAAAAACACAUUUAAUAUAUUUUUGUACAAUCGUGUAAGUAUGUUCAGUUGUUGAAAUCAUGCAAUAUGUUUAUUAGCAUUGUUACAAUAAUUUUACUGUGUUCGGUUGUUGAAAUCAGUUGUAUAGCUCAAAGUUAGGAUAAUUUUACUAUCAGAUAUGUUC